UUUCAACACAUUUUAUUGUCAUUUAAUUCGACAAAUGGAUCUGACAUCAGGCAUAGCCUAUUUAAGUCAUCUCCAUAUAAACAUAUAUACAGGUAACAAUUUUUUAAUCUCGAAUAUAACAGAAGUAGUAUACAUAAUUUUAUAUAUAUUAACAGGAACAUAUAUAUGAAUAUCUCUUGGAUAUGACUUGUUAGCAGGACCCACUCGAUGAGAUCGGCUGAUGUUGGCCUCUGUAAUCAUGAUACCAAGUUCAUUUAAAAUCAUUUGACCCUUUUUGACAUUGCCCAUAAGCCAAAGGAGUCAGGCAGUUUAUAAACUAAAAAUCUUGAAUUGUGUAUUUUUAAGGCAUGCCACAGGUAUUGGGAUGCAUUGAUGGGACAUUUGUCAGAAUAUCUACACCAAGAGAAAAUGAACCUGACUAUGUCAAUAGAAAAGGAUUCCAUUCUCUGAAUGUUCAGAUGGUCUGCAACAACAACUUCAUCAUAACCAACUGUGUGGCCCGUUGGCCUGGUUCAUGUCAUGACUCAAGAGUGUUCCGAGAAAGUCAGCUUUGUCAUGACUUUGAAAAUGACCUAUACAGUGGAUUCCUGCUAGGGGACUCAGGCUACCCUUGCCGCAGGUAUUUGAUGACACCAUACAAUCACACCAAUGAUAUUAGACACCGGGAGCGAUUCAAUGGAGCAUUGUGUAGAACAAGAGUGGUCAUCGAGCAGACGUUUGGAAUUUUGAAGAGGCGCUUCAGCUGCCUAUCAAUUGGUCUGAGAACAAACCCAAACAGAGCAUGCAAAUAUAUUGUGGCAUGUGCCAUAUUGCACAACAUAGGUAUCUUAAGACAAGAUAUAGUAUCAGAAACAGUUGAUGACCUAGUAGUACAAGGCCCAGAUGUUCUGGAACAUAAUCAUUUAAAUGAAAAUGGAUUUGGGAUAAGAGAGAACAUGGCAAGAAACCUUUUUUCUUAGUAAUUUUCUAUAGCUAGGUACUCUCUGGA